AUGUCGUUAUUACAUAAUAAAUGUUGGAUAGUUGUUUGUAUAAGUGAUACGCAUCAACGACAUCGUCAGCUAACAGAUAGAUUAAAGUCAACUCAUAGUGGUGAUAUUCUUAUACAUGCUGGAGAUAUAACGAAUUUCGGUCGAGGCUCAAAGCCAUUCGAUGAUUUUGAUCAAUGGUUAAGUGAACUUCCAUUUAGACAUAAAUUAAUUAUUACUGGAAAUCAUGAUUCAAUGUUAAGUCCAUGUUUAAAACAUGGACAACUUUUGCAAGACGAACAAUUUCUUAUUGAUGAUCAUCUUCGCGUAUAUGGUGCACCAUGGCGUCCUACAGGUACAUCAAAAUGGUCUGAUAUUCCUUCAAAUUCACAUAUCGUAAUUACACAUAAUCCACCUUGUUCUAAAUAUGGAUCACAUGUUGAUUUAGAACUUAAUUUACAAACUAGAUUACAUCAAGUAAGACCAUUGCUUUCCAUUUUUGGUCAUAUUCAUGAAGAUUAUGGAGUUUGGAAACAAUCAAAUGAACUUUUCUUUGCUAAUGGAGCAUCAUUACCUUCUUCUCAUUCACAAGCAUUAAAUGAUCCUUUAAGAUUUAAAAUUUUGAUCGAUGAAAAUUCAAUGCCGUCUAUCGAGCAGAUUAUUUAA